AUGGUUGACCCUGCCCAGAUACUAGCUAGUAUCAAAACACAUCCACCAUCUUGUCUCCAAGCCACCAAGUGCUCCUCUCAUUAUUUCUCCGUGCUUUCUGGAUCUGCUAAGCAUUACAUGAUGUUCUCUGAGAAGAUCUGUUGGAUUGGAUUUUGCCUGGUUGGUAGCCUGACUCAUGUUUUCGCGACUCGAUACGAAUCAGGAGUUCUCGAAUUGGGAAUCCAUUCCUUGGUCCCUGGCCACAGCAUUACGGUCGAUGAUGACUUUGUCAUUUGCGAUGUUGACAUUGAAGUGAGCUUCUCUCAUGGCUAUAGCAGCCCAGGAGACUUGGACGUUGGUAUCACGUUCGAUGCUGAUAGUCCAGUAACCACAGGCCUCGCAAGAAACCAUUCUUGUGGGCUCUUUGGACCGGUUCACGCUCGUUUUGAUGAUUCCAGCAGCAACACCCUUGCCGUCAACUCCAACACAUGUGUGAGUGAUGGAUCAGAUGUUAAGCCCGACGGAGACCUUUCUUUAUUCAAUGGCCAUUCUUCCCAAGGCUCUUGGACCCUGUCCUUCAAUCCAUCACGGGGAUAUAUACAACUCCAACAAUGGGCUGUGAUUCUCACACCUUGUGAUGAUGGAGCUGGUACUGGUGACCCUCACUUCAAGACCUGGGCUGGCAAGUGGUAUGAUUUUCAUGGAGCGUGUGACUUGGUCUUCCUCAGCAACCCAUCGUUUGCACAUGGAACUGGAUUGGAUAUCCAUAUCCGAACAAAGGCCCGCUACCAGUACUCUUUCAUUGAGUCUGCUGCUGUCCGCAUUGGAGAGGACAUUUUGGAGGUGGGUGAAUAUGGUGGAUACUUAGUAAAUGGCAUCUCCAAUGCUGAUCUGGAGAAGCUUGACAAAUACACUGUCACCCAUGAGAAAAUCAACUCAAAACAGGAUGUGUUCACUAUUGAGCUGGGAGCUGGAAAGCAGAUAGUGGUGCAAUCCUUCAAGGAUCUUGUUAGUGUCAAGACUGUGGGUGCCAGCUUGGAGGAGUACGGAGGCAGCAUGGGGCUCUUGGGAGAGUUUGGUUCUGGCAAGUGGCUUUCUCGUAAUGGAACAGUCAUGUCAGAUGCCAUUGCCUUUGGGAACGAAUGGCAAGUUCUCGAGGUUGAGCCCAAGCUCUUCCAGACAAACCAGUUUCCCCAGCAUCCAGUGCAGUGCACAAUGCCAAGCACCAGCAACGUAGGGCGUCGUCGCCUUGGUGAAUCCAUUGCCGAAGCAUCUGCGGAGAAGGUGUGUGGACAUUGGGGAGACCUAAAGGACCAGUGUGUCUAUGAUGUCAUGGCUACUGGGGACCUGGAGCUUGCUCAAGCUGGAGCAUUCUAA